AAUGAAGACAUCAAGUCUGCUGAUCGUCUGGAGCCCAGCCGGCCAAAACCCCAGCAGGGCUGGAAGGAGACCACCAUCUACAGCCUGCAGAAAGGAGCUGGCCAACCUCCCGUCACCAAAGUCUUUACCCAGAGUGGAGAGGGCAGGCACCCCAAGCUCAGUACAAGCUACUCCAACCAGGACCCAGGGAGGAGCAAACUCCUCUCCGGCCAUCUGGAACGGCUUCUUUCCGGGGCACCAGGCGCUCAGCAGGGCAGCCCAGGUGGCGAGGCCGCGUCGCCCAAAGGAAAGCUCCACUACCUCAGCUACAUGCAGCCAACUCCGAUCGGCCAUGCAGAGCCGCAGACUCAGGUCGCUUUUGGCUCCAAGACCCAAAGGCCUAAUCUAGACAGGCUGCUGUUCAAGGCCGGCUCAAACCGACUGUCCGCGAAACAGCCUCUCAACGUCAUGGAUGAGCAAUUCAUCCAGAAUAUGGUGAACCAGCUGGGCAGACACAGCGUCCACAUGGAGGCUUUGAUGGGCAAAGACCUGGACCAGCUGGCUGAGGUCAUCACAGGAGCCCUGCAGGAGGUGGAUGAGGAGCGGCCGGCGCUUGGGACCCAGCCAGGACCAGGAGCCACUGACUCCAGGGGGGAGAUGGAGGCUAACAGGGAGCCACUGGCAGAAAUGCAUCUGAAUCAAAACCAGGACCUGAAAUCAGAUAAAGGGCAGGAUCUAAACCAGAAAGACACACCGAGAAUGAAACAACAAGGCCAACAAAUAGACGGUGCAGACAAAGAGCCCGUUGACAAGCAUGCAGCCUUCUUCUCCAAGCUGCUGGACUACCUCAACAUGGAGCCCUUUGGCGAUGCUCCAGAGGUCAACAGUGGGCCGCCGGCUCCCCUCCGGAAAAUGGUCGGACUGGAGAACGUGAGGAGCCGCACGACGCAGGACCGAGUUCCCGACGUCCACCGCUGGGAGGAGAAGACUGCGGUCGAACCCGCGAAGGAGGGCGCCACCCUGCGAUUAACCGGCGGGGCGGAGAGGCCUGACGCGCAGGUGGACUCUGAGAUCGAGAGGUGGAUGCAGGGGGUUCAGGGCCCGGCGGGGAAGAAGCAGCUGGAGGAGCCGCAGAAGAAGGACAUGAGAGUCAAAACCCAGCUGGUCCAUGUGGGGGUGAAGGAGUUUUCCAGCAGAGGGAAGGACAGACACUUUGGCUACAUCAUCACUGGAUCAGACUCCCUCACCACUGACCAGGGCUUGGACCUGAUGGAGCGACUGACCCAGAGACUGAGCCUCCACGCCGCCGAUCUCACCCAGCUCUCCGUCCUGGGUCCUGCACUGACGUUCAGAGUUGGCCCAAACCCCAAGAACAUAACCACCGCAGAUCUAGUUCAAGUCGCAGUCCAACAGAAGCAGCAGCUGGAGAAGGAGACAGGCCUGAAGAUAGUGGAGGCCGGAGUGAGUGAUAGGGGCAGCCUGACCCAGAUCCCCGUGGUGAAGGAGACCAGGGUGGAGUCGGGCCAGUUCCUGCUGCUCUCCGUCCUCUGCAUGCUCUUCAUCCUGGUGGCGCUGGCAGUGUCCGCCACUUUCUUCUGCGUGCGCCAGCGCUCGCACCUCCGCAUGAAGGAGAAGCUGGCCAGCCUGGGGACUGACACCAGCACCGAUGCCACCGCAACCUAUCAGGAGCUGUGUCGCCAGCGUAUGGCGAUCCGAACGUCGGAGCGCGUCGAGAGGCCGGAGACCCUGCGCCACUCCCGGCUCAACAGCGUGUCAUCUCAGUUCAGCGAUGGCCCCGCAGCCAGCCCAUCGACCCGCAGCAGCACCUCGUCCUGGUGCGAAGAGCCCGUCCCCUCCAACAUGGACAUCUCCACCGGUCACAUGAUACUGUCAUACAUGGAGGACCACUUGAAGAACAAGAACCGUCUGGAGCGUGAGUGGGAGGCGCUGUGCUCCUACCAGGCAGAGCCCAGCGCCUGCAGCGUGGGCCAAGGCGAGCAGAACUCCAAGAGGAACCGCUCUGACGCCGUGGUCGUAUAUGAUCAUUCCAGGAUCACCUUGAAAGCAGAGAAUAACCACGGCAACUCAGAUUACAUCAAUGCCAGUCCAAUAAUGGACCAUGACCCUCGCAACCCUACUUACAUCGCCUCGCAGGGCCCGCUUGCUUCCACCGUGGCAGACUUCUGGCAGAUGGUGUGGGAGAGCGGCUGCGUUGUCAUCGUGAUGCUGACGCCCCUGUCUGAAAACGGAGUGAAGCAGUGUCACCACUACUGGCCCGACGAGGGAUCUGAUGUCUACCACAUAUACGAGGUCAAUCUUGUGUCUGAGCACAUCUGGUGUGAGGACUUCCUGGUGCGGAGCUUCUACCUGAAGAACCUGCAGACCAACGAGACCCGCACCGUCACCCAGUUCCACUUCCUGUCCUGGAUGGACCGCGGGAUCCCCAACUCGGCCAGGACCCUGCUAGACUUCCGCAGAAAGGUUAACAAGUGCUACCGGGGUCGAUCUUGCCCGAUAAUUGUUCACUGCAGUGAUGGAGCUGGCAGGAGUGGGACUUACAUUCUGAUUGACAUGGUCCUCAAUAGGAUGGCUAAAGGUGCUAAAGAGAUUGAUAUUGCCGCUACCCUGGAGCACUUGAGAGACCAGAGAGCUGGCAUGGUCCAGACAAAGGAGCAGUUUGAGUUUGCGCUGACAGCCGUGGCAGAGGAGGUGAACGCCAUCCUGAAAGCGCUUCCUCAGUGA